UCGGGACGGGAGCGCGCUUAGUCUUUGACGGAGCGAGAUUUAUGUUCAGUUUAGGUCCUCUUCAACACAAGAAACAGAUUAGAAUCUGCAUAGAGGUGAAAUCUACUGUAGCUCGCUGAUCGAACGUGUUGUUGUAGGAGUCUGCUGUCCUCAGAGACGUCCUCAUAUAUAGUGCACGGGAUAACGUUUGCACAGUUGCACUGCCCGGAAUGCGCGAGAUCCAAUUUAUGUAUCGGUUGGGUCAACAAUAGUUCUCGUUGUAUUGAGUUUUUAGUUUUCAGAGAGGCUCUACUGCCACGCGAAGGAGGAAACCGAAGUUACGACUUGCUUGUUUGUCUCGUAGUCUCUGAAUUCUGCAGGAAUGUCUCACAAGGAGAGACCCACUUUCUACAGACAGGAGCUGAACAAAACGAUAUGGGAGGUCCCGGAGCGGUAUCAAUCCCUGUCCCCGGUCGGCUCUGGAGCCUAUGGAUCAGUCUGCUCGUCGUAUGACGUGAAGUCUGGGCAGAAGAUGGCGGUGAAGAAGCUGUCCAGGCCGUUCCAGUCAAUUAUCCACGCUAAGAGGACCUACAGAGAACUCAGGCUUCUGAAACACAUGAAACACGAGAAUGUGAUUGGUCUGUUGGAUGUGUUCACGCCUGCCACCAGCCUAGAGGAAUUCAACGACGUUUACCUGGUGACCCACCUGAUGGGGGCGGACCUUAACAACAUAGUGAAGUGUCAGAAGCUGACAGACGACCAUGUGCAAUUCCUCAUAUACCAGAUCCUCAGGGGACUCAAGUAUAUCCAUUCAGCAGACAUCAUCCACAGAGAUCUGAAGCCCAGUAAUCUGGCGGUGAAUGAGGACUGUGAGCUCAAGAUCCUGGACUUUGGUUUGGCGCGACACACUGAUGAUGAGAUGACUGGUUAUGUAGCGACCAGGUGGUACCGCGCCCCAGAGAUCAUGCUGAACUGGAUGCAUUACAACAUGACAGUGGACAUCUGGUCAGUCGGUUGCAUCAUGGCAGAGCUGCUCACUGGACGGACGUUAUUCCCUGGCACCGACCAUAUAAACCAGCUGCAGCAGAUCAUGAGGCUGACAGGAACGCCCCCGGCCUGUCUCAUUAGCCAGAUGCCCAGCCACGAGGCCAGAAACUACAUCAACUCCCUUCCCCAGAUGCUCAAGAGGAACUUUGCUGAUGUGUUUGUUGGCGCUAACCCAUUAGCGGUGGAUCUGUUAGAGAAGAUGCUGGUUCUGGACACUGAUAAGCGAAUCACAGCGUCCGAGGCCCUGGCCCACCCCUACUUCUCCCAGUACCACGACCCUGACGAUGAGCCAGAGUCCGAGCCAUACGACCAGAGCUUCGAGAGCAGAGAGCUGGAGAUAGAGGAGUGGAAAAGGUUGACUUAUGAGGAGGUUUGCAGUUUUGAGCCCCUGCCAUUCGAUGGAGACGAGAUGGAGUCCUGAGGGGACGAGGGUGAAGUCAUUGCUAAUCCCGCCUCCUUCUCUUACUGAACUGUGAGGAAGAAGUUGCAUGUAGACAUUGAUCUAGGGCCAGUUUUGUGUUUCAUCCCCUAAUGGUUUAGGUUAGGAUCUAGGGGUAAGCUGAUCCUAGAUCUGUACUUAGAUACAACUUGCAUCCGGAGCACGCAACCUUGUGUGAGGACUAUCAACUCACCAGACAAGUUCAAACAAACAAACAGGAAGCCACAACAUUCAAGUGCCUGCCGUCAUUCAUUUCUGGGGUUAGAGGUCAAGGGUCAAAGGUGACUCCCCCUACACCCUCCUCCUGCUUGCUGUAUUAUAUCGUCUUUGAUUGGGUCCCUGGGAAGAAUUGGGGAAAUGACUUUGUAAUAUAUUAUCUAAUGUUUGUGUGUUAAGAGUUUAUUAACUCACAUUAUUUGCCAAAAACUACCUAAAUUCCUGGAAAAGGUGCUCAGAUUUUAACGUUCAAUAUCGCAAAAACAAUCACAUGGUUUAACCAACAAACCACUGCACUUAUGGAGCCGUUAUUUAUGGUCUGUAGUUUUUAGCCUUUUGGAUAGAAGUCGGUAGGAAAUACAACAGUGGUCAUGACCUGCUCGUCUACGACAAACCUUGUCUCCGUGGUCAACCUGUACGCUGUUGUUCUGCCUGUCAGGGUUUUAGAUGUGUAGAUCAGGCUGCCCUCUUGUAAAUAAAUGAUACUGUGCACCAACAGUAAUACUGCCUAGAAGUCCCUAUUAUCAUAGAGCACAUAGAACCCUCAAGGCUUAGAACGUUGCCCCUUCGCAUUCCGUUAGGAGAGACUGGCAGGUUCCAUACUCAGAGGGAUUGUUAUUGAAUAGUAUUCCAUUAGAAUGUACACCAGGUUUAACUUUAAUCAUAGUGAAGUUUUGACAUACAUCUUUUCUCUCUAAGUCAAUCACCCAGAAAGAGGGAGGGGGGAGGGGCUUGGUAGUUUAUUCGCUUAUCCUGCCUCUUAACUUAUCUAUUUUUCUACCCGUCUCUUGUCUGUUUGUUUUUUCACUCCGUUGUUGUAUCAUUGCCUCCUUGAGCACUGUCCUGUCCUCUGUGUAGUCUGAGUAAAAAUGAGUGGAGAGGUAAUGUGACUGUCACAAAAUGUUAUUUAAUAGAAUGUAUUUAAAGUCCUCCAACCCCGUAUCACUAGACUGAUGCUGAAAUCAGAAUGGGGUUGUCCCAGGUAUCCAUAGUGUCUGCUCUGUGGAGUGCUUUGAGGUUCAGAGUUGGAGCUUCCAUUAGAUAGCUAUAUAGACAUAGAGAUCCAAUUAAUAACAUAACAUUCUAGGAAUCUAUAGAGGAAGUCUUCAGAAAUCACUGGAUUCCCACUCCUGGUUGUUGACAAUGUGAUUUCAAUCAUAUUCAAAUGUAUUUUAAAAUAACUGUAUGUCCGUAGAUGUAUCUUGUUAUUCUGUUCUAUUAAAUGUGUGGGAUGCUCGCACCCCCUACUGUGUUUAA